AGGAAAGGUUGACUGAGGAGAGGAAGGGAACGGUCUAUGGGACAGAAGGAGAGGAACAAAUUCUAAGGACAGUCCAGCGAAAUACAAUCCAGAAGGAAAAAUAGAACAGGGAAGGAAAGAGUAUUUGUAGAUUGAUAGAAAGGUGGAAGGCAAGCAAGCAGAUUAGGCUAGACAUGGAUGGAUUUGGGUGAGCAAAUAAUACAUUAGGUGGGUGAGCGGGAGAGAGUUUUAGUAAGAGGGAGGUGCUCUGAAUUAGUGAGUGGGGCAGGCACGGAUGGAGAACUAGCAAGCGAGGGAAUGUGAGAAAGACAGCAACAGGGGGAAAGCGCUAAGUUCUCUCUGGCACCUGCCCCAGUUUUCCCCCUCCAAACAUCCAACUUGCGGCUGGGUUGCCAUCUUCUGUUUCGUUGGGACACAGAGAGGGGAAGACGGAUAAAGUUAAGAUGGGAGCUCCUCCAGAGGUAUGAUUUUUAACAUCUUUGCCUGAUGAAGAAGCCUGUGACGCUUUGAAGGUGAUACCAUGUCGGUGAUAUACAGUGAGGUGGCUGCAGAUGAGCCCACAACCAACAGCUUUUGGAUGCCUAAUCAUUACCAGAGCACGGUAAAGCGCCUGGAUGAUGGCUAUCGUGUUUGCGACCAGAUCAUCGCCUGCUUCCAGGAGCGUGCCAAGAUUGAACGCAGCUAUGCCUUGAUGAUGGAGGAGUGGACUCGCAAGUGGCGGCCCCUCGUUGAUGCAAGUUCAGCAUAUGGUUCCCUGCUUCGGGCCUGGCAGGCAUUUUUGGGGGCAUCUGAACGGCUGAGUCGGCUGCACAUGGAGAUGCAAAGGGCUUUGGUUUCAGAAGAAUGUGGGCGCAUCCGGGCCUGGCAACAUGACUCCUAUCACCGCAAGCUGUUUGGGGGCUUCAAGGAGUCCUGUGAUCUGGAAAGUGGCUUUCAGCGGGCACAGAAACCCUGGACCAAGAAGCUCAAGAAGGUUGAGAAAACAAAAUCUUUGUACCACAAGGCCUGUCGCAAGGAAAAUAUUGCAACCAUCCGGGAGAGUGGGCUUCAGGCAGCUGCUGGCUCUGAGGCGACCCUGGACCGAAAGCGGACCCUGAGAGAGGAACAUCAGCGCUGCAGUCAAGAAACCAAUAAGCUGCGUGAGCGCUAUGAGAAGGCACUGCAAGAGCUGGAUCGCUGCAGCCCUCGAUACAUGGAGGAAAUGGAAUCGGUCUUUGAACAGGGACAAUCACUGGAGCAAAGGCGCAUUGUGUUCCUCAAAGGGGCCUUCCUCUCCCUUCACCGGCGCCUCGAUGUCACUGCUGACACCAGCAUCCAAGCUGUUUACAGUGAUUUGCACCAAGCCAUUGAGGACAUAAACGACCAAGAUGACCUCAAAUGGUGGCGUAAUCGACACGGACCGGGGAUGCCCAUGAAUUGGCCACAGUUUGAGAGUUGGAAUCCUGAUCAAGAACGGCCACAGGUGAAAAUAAAGAAACCCAAAGAACCCGAGAAAGCAACGCUCCGCAGCAUCACUCCCUCCCAGAGCAGUGCAAAGCCAGCCCCUGCGCCAGUCUCGGGACAGAGGGUCCGUGCCGUGUAUGACUAUGUUGGCCAAGAAGCGGAUGAACUGAGUUUUAAGGCAGGUGAACUGCUUUCCAAGCUGGAAGAUGAAGAUGAGCAAGGAUGGUGCAAGGGGGUGACCGACAGCGGGCGGGUGGGGCUCUACCCUGCCAACUACGUAGAGCCCAUACAGGCCUAGUUUGCUUAGUGAGGCGGGGAGACCAGAGAAGGGGGCUCACAUCCACCCCUAUACCAGUGUUAGGGUUACGUUUCUUCCGUGCUUCUAAGAUCCCAUAAUACAAACACAGAACGGUGCAACUUUCAGCUUCCUCUGAGACUUUACAGAUAAGCACACAGCUUUCUAGUCCUUAUGGAUGACUUAGUGUUGACCUUGAAAAUGUUAUAGGCCACGCUAUCAAAAUCUCAGAAGCCAAUGGUGGGUUGGUAUGUGGGACCGAAUGACACAUUGGGUGGGUGUGGGUGCAGCCUGUGGGUUCUGCACAGCUUCUCCGCCUCCCCCGCACCCAUUCGUUAACGAGCUGCAGAAUAAAUUAUGCAAAACAAGUGAAUUGAUGCUGCAUUUGCAUAAUAUAUUCGGAGGAAGGCAGCGUUUGGGGGAGUAUUGGGCAAUAGAGAGUAUUUGGAGUGGGUAGUCAGAAACAACCCUGGGCAAAACAUUGCCCGGCAAAUGUGCCUGAGCACAACACAGGAGUUGUAAUCGGACACAUACAUCCGGUCUGAUUUACACACCAUGUGCUGGCAAUCUCAUGCACGCCUACACAGUUGCAGAUACCAGCACUCCCUCUCCUUGUGUUUGUGACACACACACACAGACGUACACAAGCUGCCUUUUUAAAAGAUCUUAUUUGUGUGAAACACCCUGCCCUGAAGGCUUGCCAGCAGCACCCUUGGAAAAACCCUAACGCAAUAAGCAUCCAAGAGAAACUGUAAAGCUGAAAUGUUCUUUCGAGAGCCUGAGGUGGUUCUCAAAAUAUCACCCACGCAUAGGUUGCCAAGUGGUGUAUGCUCUUGCCCAUUUGGUGUUUCAGACAUGGCAACUCAACUUUAUUGGUUCUGGCCACCAAAUAAAUUGCAAAUAUUGUGCUGAUCAUCCCCUUUCCUCCCAGAUUUUCAAUUUCCUCCUUAAAUAUACAUACAGUUUGGGGGUAGCGACAUCCAAGAGAUAACCACUUUAUAACCACUUGUUGCUGACUCCACCUGAAAAAAGCGUGAAAGUGAUGGGGGGAAAAUGGGUGAUGAGGAGUGUUUUAAGAAUGAACAAGAAUAAGGCUGAGGUGUUUUAGUUCCUCUGGAUAUUUAAGCAAAUAAUAAAUGCAUAAGCGUAGCAGUGAUUUCUGUGCUUUCUUGUUUCUAGUUUAUAUGGCUGUGAAGUGAACCUUGAUUGUCUCUGGGCAGUGCCUAUUGGAAAGCAAAGAAAAGAUGCAUGAUCCUAGGAUUUUAUUCCCAGUUUUGUUUAUGUGUCCAUUCUAAUGCUGACAAUAAAAUCAGUUUUUUGAGCAGGUGUGA